UCCCCGUUGAAGCGUUUUAGCCGGUUCAUUUGCAUUAGGUUUUAACAAUUACUAUUGUUAAAUUAAUAAAAAUCAGAUUAUCUAGUUCUGUUAAACUUGUAUGAUUUAACUUACCUCCCUCAAUAUGUUGAUUAAAGUUAAGACUCUCACAGGCAAAGAAAUAGAAAUUGACAUCGAGCCUACAGACAAGGUGGAAAGAAUCAAAGAAAGGGUGGAAGAAAAGGAAGGGAUCCCACCACAACAGCAAAGACUCAUUUACAGCGGAAAACAAAUGAAUGAUGAGAAGACUGCUGCUGACUACAAGAUUCAGGGAGGAUCUGUCCUGCAUUUAGUUCUGGCUCUCCGAGGAGGGGAAAACCUGCACAAUCACCCAGUGUCUUUCCUCUAAUCUAUUCUCUUAAGCUUGUAAAUAGUAGAAAUCUGUGUUAUCAUGACUUGCCAGGUGCUUAAAGCCACAAGAGGACAUUCGGCUUUGCGUACAUCACUCUCUAAAUCAUAUUGUGAUUGCAGAUGCAUUCUGAACAGUUAAUGUUUCUGCUGUACACUUUAGCAGGUUAAGAACUGUUAUUCAUGUUUAUAGAUAAGACACUGCUCCCUUAUAAGGGCUCAUAACUUAGUUUGCAUUAUCCCUGGCUGUUUUAAAUCCAGUUCCUGAACAUGCAUCAAGACACGUUGUUUCAUAAAAGAGGUGCACCGUCAUUGUCCUAAAACUAAUUUCUUGAAUGCAGUGCAUUAUACCAUGUAUGUUUUAUUGUAUUGUGUUUGGAUAAAAGAGGAAUAAACAUAUCGGACAAAUGGA